CUUCCCAUUCACUGAUCACGGUGCGAUUCUUUGCCAAACAUUUUUUACUCUGUUUGUUGUGCGAUUUUGACGUGCGUUCCAUGCUCGCGCUUAAAAUGGGAGAUUUUUAAGUUUGUUUGGAAGAUAAAGGUGAUAAAAGUGAGUUCAAGUCGUUUCCCAUCUUCCGCCGUGUUGUCCCUUUGCAACCGCGCACCGAUCCACGAAACCACUUGGCCGAAACCAAGUAAAAGGACUCCCAAAUCCUUUGGCAAGAACUAACCAACCAACCUCACAAUCAGGCUCAGGAAACUUGCACUCCACCGUGGAAAAGAUGCAAAAGUACGAGAAGCUGGAGAAAAUAGGCGAGGGCACGUACGGGACGGUGUUUAAGGGGAAAAACCGGGACACGCUCGAAAUCGUGGCCCUGAAGCGUGUGCGAUUGGACGAGGACGACGAGGGGGUGCCGAGCUCGGCGUUGCGGGAGAUUUGUCUGCUCAAGGAGCUGAAACAUAAAAACAUCGUUCGACUCUACGAUGUGCUCCACUCGGACAAGAAGCUGACCUUGGUGUUCGAGCAUUGCGAUCAGGAUCUCAAGAAAUACUUCGACAGUCUGAACGGCGAGAUCGAUCCGGAUGUGGUCAAGAGCUUCAUGUAUCAGCUGCUGCGGGGGCUUGCCUUUUGCCACAGCCACAACGUCUUGCAUCGCGACCUGAAACCGCAGAACCUCCUGAUCAACAAAACAGGGGAGCUCAAACUUGCAGACUUUGGAUUGGCGCGCGCCUUUGGAAUACCAGUUAAGUGUUACUCUGCUGAAGUCGUCACUUUGUGGUACCGGCCACCCGAUGUUCUGUACGGGGCCAAGCUGUACACGACCAGCAUCGAUAUGUGGUCGGCGGGAUGCAUAUUUGCCGAGCUGGCCAACGCAGGACGGCCUCUCUUUCCCGGCUCGGAUGUCGAUGAUCAGCUGAAGCGAAUCUUCAAGCUCCUCGGUACACCGACCGAAGACACCUGGUCCGGCAUAACGCAGCUAUCGGACUACAAACCCUUCCCACUAUACCCCCCGACCACCUCCUGGAGCCAAGUUGUACCGCGGUUGAAUUCGAAAGGACGGGAUCUACUGCAGAAGCUGCUCGUUUGCCGCCCACUGUUGAGACUGAGUGCUGACCAGGCCAUGGCACAUCCGUACUUUACCGAGAACUGAAAGCGGUUCUAGCAGUUGCGGGCGCUAUUGACGAUCAAACCGUUGCAAUCCGUCACCAGCACCACUACGAGUCCGACCGAUUCGAGGGGAAAUGACGAGGAAGAUAGCGACCGUCUCUCGGCUGCCGGUACGAGCCGAACUCAGGAUCCGUCUUCUACAAGUGUUCCACUAGAAACAAUCUUCGAGUGACUGUAACAUCCUUUCUCUAGUCCAAUCGAUCUGCGAUGAAUGAUGAUUUCUGGUUUCCUUUCCUACUGGCAAAGACCAAAGACAGUCUGGCAACAAUGGCCUGUCUUGUGAACACGGAUAAGGUGCAUUAGCUUAUGCUUUAUGCUUUAUGAUUCCUUCCUAUAUUAAGAUUUCAUCUUUCGGCAAUUCUUUAAGGAGAAGUGAAUAGCUGUAGUAGCGGCAUAUAAAGACUCUCGUCCAUUCAUUCCCAUUCGCCUUUA